GGGAUGGUGAAUACAAAGAUGAACAAAAAUACAGUACAACGAUUUAAAUAUGUAGUUUGCUUGCACGGCGCCCUCUUGUGGGUUUUCUGUCUACACAUAUUUUGCCACUGGUCGCACAAACCACCCGAAGCACUAGGUGGCAGUAUAACAACAUCAACUGAUUCAUCCGCCACCGACAGCAAAGCAGAGAGGAAAGUCAUACUAGCAGGCGUAUGCACGUGGAAAUUGCUUGGUGUGAUAACUACACUCAAAGAUGACAUCUUUAGCACAUCAGUUGAAGCGGCUGGCUUUGCCGCAGAAUGACUCGAAUCUGCUCAGCCGGAGAGAGGUGGCCUCUGUGCUCUUUGACCCUAAAGAUGCUGCCACCAUGGACCGCAGCACCUUCUAUGCACUGGGAUGCACAGGACUUGAGGAGCUGAUGGGUAUUGAUCCAGCUUUCAGUGAAUUUCAGGAGACUCUGUUUAGUCAAGCCUCUCUGACUUUAGAGCGCAGCGUUCAGUCCAAAGAAGUCAACAAGAAACUGGACAAGAGCAUCUCACUCUUUCUUACUCGACUGUCACCUUACUUUCUUCUCAAGCCUGCUCUGAAAUGCAUUGAAUGGCUAAUACACAGAUUCCACAUUCAGCUGUACAACCAGGACAGCCUGAUUGCUUGUGUUUUACCAUAUCAUGAGACUAAAGUGUUUGUACGAGUGAUCCAGCUUUUAAAGAUAGAGGAUCCAACUCACAAAUGGCACUGGCUGCAUGGACUUCAGAAACCUGGUGUUCCCCUGGCCCGAGGAACUCUGCUCACACACUGCUAUAAGGAUUUAGGCUUCAUGGAUUUAAUUUGUUCUAUGGUCACAAAUUCAGUAAAGGCAUACUCUGGAUUUCUCCGGGAUGGGAACUGUCCGCAGCUGCGUGUGAUUUUCUCUUUCUAUGCUUCUACCAUCGUUUCUGCACUUGAUGCAGUGGAGAAGAUAACUAACUCUAUUAUUGCCAAGCUGCUUCCAUUUGUACAACUGGGGCUGAAAUCUAACUUUUUAGACUACACUGCUGCCACUUACAUGAUCGUGUGUCAGAUGGCAGUGAAGGUAGUGAUGGAGGAUCAGCUGGUGGACACUCUGACCGUGCAGUUGUGCAGGUCUCUAGGUCGAAUGCCACAGCUGACCAGAGAGGGCUUGAGCUGCAUUAUCAUUCUCUUGCAGAACCAGAAAGAAGGUGUAGUUGGUCCAAAGGCAUUUGGGUACCUGUGUGCUACCCCCACCUUGGUGUCCACACUCCAGAAUAUAGCUGCAGCCCAUGACGUCAGUCCCUUACUGCGUUACCUGCUGCCCCAUCUCAUACACUCUGUGAUGACGCAGGAUGGUGAACAGCCGAAUGAAGGUUUGUCAGAAAGUACUGGACUAUUACAAUCACUGUUUCAGAAUCUUCAACUAUCCAACAACUUGGAGAACACUGCAGCCAAGCUGCUUCUUGAGGAGUAUGUUUCCUGUGGCAGUGAGCUUCCCUCGGAUAAGAUUUCAGCUCUUAAUCAGAAAAUUCAGUCUACUGUACGACUUUUUGAAUCCAGGUAUCCAUGUGCACUGGACGUGGCACUGGAAAAUCAUGUCAAAAAUGUGUCAUCUGAUGAUGAAAAAGGUCUGCUUCAUCAGUUCAUCUCUCUUACGAUGAGCUGUGGAAAAUAUCAGAUCCUGCCAGAGUCAGACACCUCUCUGAUGCUCAGCCUGAAUCAUCCACUACCUUCUGUGAGAAAUAUGGCAGUAGACUACCUGAAGAAAAUCCUCACCUCAGAACAUAAUGGCUUUGAUGAGGCAUUUUUGAAAGAUGCAUUGCUGGAGAGAGUAAAGGAUGAUGUGCCAGAGAUUGUGCUGUCUUCACUUAAAGCAUUGCAACUUCAUGUGGGACUUAUGGAUCCAGAGGAGACUGUUUCCUGUUUGAUUGCACUUCUUCAUCGCAUCAAACCAUCCGCAGAUUGGUGUUCAGUACUAAAAGAGGCUGUGCAACUUCUCGAUGACCCACGUAUUAUUGAGGGCAAUCCAGAUCUUAAGGCACAGAUUAGUUGGGAGCUCGUGCCCUUCCUGGUGUUGACCAAUGCUACGCCCAAGUGUGUGGAGCUGCAGAUGGCAUCUUCUAUUGCUGAAACCACUCUGCUCUCCAAGCAUCCUCUAACUCAGGGUUGGGCCAAAGUGCUAAAGGAUGUCCUGGUCAAAACCUCUCCAUCAGAUGUGCUGGAGGUGGCCAACCAAAUGCUCACAACAACUCUGAUCAAGAACUUUGCUAACAUGGAUCAUGCUACCAAACGAAACUCUCUGAAGAAUGUCUGUGAUAUUCUGAGCCGCCAGGGCAGCAGUGUGCGGGAGAGAACCGCAUUUGUGGUGGUCAGUUCAGCACUGCUACAGAGUCUGCAGUCCAUGACGGAGAGUCAACACUUCCACACAGCACAGAGCGUGUACAAACUACUGGAGCCGUUACUGCUACAGGUCCACACAAUCCAACCUGAACAGGGUUCUAAUGAAGAGGUAUAUGAGUGUCUUCCGGUCUUUGUGGUAUUGGGCAAGUUUCUGCAGAAAAUGAGCUCUGGUCUCAAUGCAGAGAGAGAACAAGACCUCCUUCUGCUGUCACUGCUGCAGCUUUUCAUCAAGGCACUCAAAUGUCCAGAUUCCACAUUUAAAGAGGAGUCAUGGUGGAACCCAGAGAAAAUGGACAGUAAUACCUGCUGUUACCUGCAUCUCAUGUGCCGUCUGUUUGACGUGCUGAUCUCAGGAGCCAGUCAAGGGCCCUUGGCUCCUUGCUUCAGGAGCCUAAUGCAAUCUCUUUUACAGGUGCACUUGAAUGAGCCGAUAACAAUGUUUAAGUUCCUCUCUCUCUUAUGGGGCUACAACAGUAAUUUGGGUGAUCAGUUGGAUUGUCGCAUUAGUGCCAUACUGCAAACUCAGGCUCUUUAUGUGGGAAACGCUUUGCUUUGCAACCAGCCAAAAAAAAACCUUAACCUACUGGCAUCAGGUUCCUCACCAGUGGUGCCAUCCUUGCUGGUAUGUCUAUGUUCAGGCGUGUGUGAAGUUCGGAGAGCUGCCAUUGCUGUGCUCCACUCUCUCUCAGGGGUUGUUUCUUCCCCUUAUUAUCCGCUAGUGGAGAACCUUCUCAAAUCAUCAGAGGAGAUCAUAGCUGACCCGUCAUAUCUCAAACAGGCACUCUCCAAGAGCUAUGAGGAGGAGGUGUUACUGAAAAAUAAGAAUAAAAAGCUGGCAUCAGUUGAGCAGCUCCUGCAGUGUGUUCAGUUACCUGGCUGCCCUGCCUACACUUCCAAAACACUGCUGCGAGCACUUCAGGAUGUUCAUGGAGAGCCCAUUUUGGCCAUUCUUCUGCCUACUGUGGAGCGACUUCUCGAGCAGUGUGCUCCAGACUCAUGCACCUUCCUGCCAGAUGAAGCCCUCCUACUGCAGCUCCUGCUGAGCAAGUUCAAUGAGACGUCUGCGCCUUUACUGGUCAAAGACCCUCGAUGCCUAGAGGUCUUCAUUAGGGCAUUGAACACCUCUGCCAAGCCGUACCCGACAGUGCCUAGUUUCCAGAUUAUUGCCCUUGAGCAGAUCACCAAGCCGUUCUUUGCUGCUCUUGGAGAUGAAAAGAUUCAACAGAAAAUUCUUUCUGUUUUAUUUGACUUGCUGGUGGGGAACAAAAACCCUGUCUGUGCCCAAACUAUCAACAGCGUCUUUAAAACGAUUGCCGUGGAUUCCGAGCUAGUGGCCAAUGAGCUUAUGCCUGUAGAUAAACAAAGAGUUACUGCUACAGUUCAACAAACACGCAGGAGUAAAAUGCAAACGAGAAAAACACAAGACACAUCCGGGCCAGUGCCAGAUGAGAGUGUUGUCUCUUGGCCAAGGGUUACCCUGAUUUUAGAGCUGCUGCAACACAAGAAGAAGCUGAAGAGAGCCCAGUAUCUUGUGCCUGCUCUGUUUAAUCUGCUCUCCAGAUGUCUGGAGCCUGCAGCAGCUGAACAGGAGAAUAUAGAGUACACAAAACAACUCAUCCUCAGCUGCCUGCUGAAUGUCUGUCAGAAACUGUCUCCUGAUGGAGGUUCUAUCAGCAAAGAUGUGCUGGAGGAGGAUAAAUGUAACGUGGAGCUAGUAGUGCAGUGUGUCAGGAUGUCAGACAUGCCCCAAACUCACCAUCAUGCACUGCUUCUGCUCGGAGCUUUGGCGGGUAUCUUCCCUGAGAAGGUUCUUCACAACAUCAUGCCCAUCUUCACAUUCAUGGGUGCCAACAUCAUGCGACUGGAUGAUACUUACAGCUUCCAGGUCAUCAAUAAGACUGUUCAGGCGGUCAUCCCUGCUCUUAUAAAGGCCCAUGAGGAUGGAAGUGCCCAGUCUGAGGGUCAUAUGGAGACUGUGGUAGCUCAUAUCAUGCAUGUUUUUAUUGAUGCCCUUCCUCAUGUACCCGAGCACCGACGUUUACCCAUCCUCAGCCAGCUGCUGGGCACACUGGGUCCGUCUCGCUUUCUCUGGGUCCUGAUGCUGCUCAUGUUCAAGCAGCAUGUCACACAAACAUCUGUCAGUGCAACUGGGACCGAAAAGGAGUCUGUUGUAGAGAGAGAUCAGGACUUCUGGAUCUCGGUGUGCUGUGAGUUUGAGGUAAAGGAGCAGCUGACCUCCCUCAUCAGAAUCCUGAAGUAUCUCAUGACUUUACCACAGGACAAAGAAGAAGCUCCAGAGAAAAAUAGGACCCGUGGAAGAAGUGCGGUGAAGAAGGAAGAAACCGUCUCAGAUAUAAUUUUCAACGUGGAAGCACAUAGUGGCAAAGACCUCCGCCAUUUUAAAUUCCUCUCCAUCUCUUUCAUGGCUCAGCUACUUUCCUCUGACAGAUUUGUUGGGAAGAUGGCUGACUUUGAGGACUUAACAGAAGGCACCUUACAGACUCUUCAGCAGAAUCUGCUGGAGGAGGUUCUGCGCUACAUCCAUGCAGUUGCUCGAUGUGUAGAGGAUAACUCGGAUAAACCCACGGCUAAGUUUUGGAGAGCUCUGCUCAGCAAAUCCUAUGACACCCUGGACAAGGUUAAUGCCCUGCUUCCCAUGGAUACCUUCAUUAUGGUAAUGAGAGGACUUAUGGGUAAUCAGUUAGCAUCAGUUAGAAGGAAGGCCAUGGAGUUACUUAAUAACAAACUACAGCAGCGGACACAUUGGCUGGAGGAACAGAUUACUGCACUUCUGGAGCUCAUUGACAACCUCCUGAACAUCGUGGGUCGGAGUCACAGACAGGUCACAGCACAGGAAGAAGAAGAGUUGGCUAUCAAUCGACAGACGGCCCUUUACAGCCUUAAGCUUCUGUGCCGAAAUUUUGGCACUGGCCACGAGGAGGCAUUUAUACCAGUGCUGAGCAAAGCUGUGGAGCUGGUUGCUAAUAAAGAUGAGGAGAAGAACGUCAUGGGAAGUGCUUUGCUGUGUGUGGCGGAAGUUACCAGCACACUGAAAGCCCUUGCUAUACCACAGUUACACAGGCUGAUGCCUGCAGUAUUGUACACUCUGAAUGAGAGGAAGGACCUGCUGAACAAUGAAAUCUACCUGCUGAGUGCCGUCACAGCUCUGCAGCGCAUAUCAGAGACUCUAACACACUUUAUCAGCCCUUACCUGCAGGACACCAUCUCACAGGUCACCCGCUUAACUCUGCUAGCUGAGCGACUGACUUCUUGCCCUCAGCUGUCUGUACGUCUUGCCUCUCUCAGCUCCACUCUUGCCACAAAGGUGCCUCCCAGGGUCCUCAUUCCCACAAUCACAAAAUGCUACUGCAGCAUGGUGGAUGUUCAUCAGAAACGUCUUGGUCCUCUGAUGACCAUCUUGAAGGAACAUAUCACUCACAUGGAGAAGGACCAACUCAAUAACCACCAAUCAGAGCUCACUUCCUUUUUCCUGUCUGCUCUUGAUUUCCGUGCCAAGCAUUGCCAGGGAGAUCUACAGAAGACUGGUGAAAUUGAGGGCAGUGUGAUUGACUGUCUGCUAGUGAUGGUUAUGAAACUUUCAGAAGUCACUUUCAGACCUCUCUUCUUCAAGUUGUUUGACUGGUCAAAGAUUGAUGGUGCUUCUAAAGACCGGCUGUUGACGUUCUACAGACUGGCAGAUCGCAUCGCAGACAAACUCAAAGGACUGUUUGUAUUGUUUGCUGGGCAGCUGGUCAAACCCUUUUCUGAUCUGCUGCAGCAGCUCAACAUUUUCCACACAGACAAACCCUUAUUUGACUCAGAUAAUGAUGAUGAUUCAGAUGAUGAAGAUAAUGUGACAAAGCGCAGCCUGCUGCUGCAGUAUGUGUUGGAUUGCCUCCACAAGAUCUUCCUCUAUGACACUCAGCGCUUCCUCAGUAAGGAAAGGGCCGAUGCUCUGCUGGGCCCCCUGGUGGAUCAGUUGGAGAACGUGCUAGGAGGAGAUGAGAUCUACAAGACCCACAUUACCAAACAUUUGGUGCCUUGUAUCGGCCAGUUUGCUAUUGCCAUGGGAGAUGACUCUCAGUGGAAAGUUCUCAAUUAUCAGAUUCUGCUUAAGAUGCGUCACAGUUCACCCAAGGUGCGUUUCUCUGCACUUGUCAUGUUGCUGGAGUUGGCAAGCAAGCUGAAGGAGAACUACAUGGUUCUUCUGCCAGAAACCAUCCCAUUCCUGGCUGAGCUCAUGGAGGAUGAAUGUGAGGAAGUUGAGCACCAGGUGCAGAAGGUCAUUCAUGAAAUGGAGAAUGUCCUCGGUGAAUCACUGCAGAGCUACUUUUAAUCCCACCGAGACUUUCACACCAUCACAGGCGCUUCUUACACCCUCUGAGUGUGCAUUCAUUGUUCUUGCAUAAUAUUUACUGAUGAACUCUUCUGCUAGAACAUGCGUCAGUCUGCUCGCCGGUUCCACAGCACACCUUAUCACUGAGCAGCUUGACCUGUCCUACAUUUGUGCUCAUGCAUAUGUAAAUGUAAAAAAAAAAAAACACGUCACUGGAUGCCACAUGCUUUUUCAAAGGUUAUAUAAAAAUGACACGCAUGAUGUUUAAAUGUCUGUUUUUAAAAAGCAAUUGUUUUAUGGCUUUGAAUGAAAUUUUGUAAUGCAAACUGAUCUUUCUCUGGAAUCUGAAUAUCAUAAAAAAGAUGAGUCUGGGAAAAA